AUGGAAGACCGCGCUAUUUUUCACCGCUUACCCGACCGUCAAAAUGCCGCGUUGGAAGAUGAGGAGCAAUUCUGUUUCAUUCAUCUUACAAUGCAAGAGUUUUUCGCUGCGAGGCACCUAGUAAACAACAUGAAUGAAACAGAAUUAAGGAACUUUGUUUCCGAGAACCUCAAGAACGGCAAAUGGCAACUGGUUUUCUAGUUUCUGGCUGGACAAAUGGAGGAUAAAGUUCACCUACCGAGCGCAAUUAUCACUGACCUUCUUCCUGUGAAAACUGAAGAGGAAAAAAGGGCAGGAUUUAACGAACAGUGGACAGAGAAUGAAGAGCCAAGGAAAGUGACUCUUGGCCGACCGAAGACAAACGAGAUUUAGCAGUGACAUUGUUUAAAUGAAUUAACGAAAGUAAUGAGAUGGAGCUGAUAGCUCAGAGAAAACUUCAACAAAUUAACUUUAAUUUUGUAAAUUUUAGUUCAUGUCACCUCACAACCGUUGAUUGCUCUCCGUUAGUAAAUGUAAUUAAGAAUGUUCAACAAAUUUCACAUUUGGAUUUGAAUCACAAUAACAUUGAUCCAUUUGAUUGUUUUGAGAUUUGUAAAUUGUUCAAAUGUAAGGAAUCUCAACUAAGCUGGUUAAACCUCAAAAACAAUCAAGUGACAGAUGAAGCAGCAAAGUAUUUAAUUGAAGCCAUCAACAACAACAACUGUCAGCUACGCAUGUUAAGCCUCAUUUAA